GAGCAGGAGCGGAUGUGACCGACGGGACAAACACCGUUUGUUUCGACUAUGGAUGUGUUUCUUUCCUGUGGAUGAUGUUGUCACCGCGCGUUUAGAAAGGUCUCCACACCAUCUGAUCCCAUCUGCCUUUGAGGACAGGGAGCACAUGCCAAUCUCCUACAAAAAGGAUUAAAACAGGAAUUUGUCACCUCGCCUCACCUCACUUAAGUAGGUGUGAAUCGCUGGCUGGGAAUCAUGGGGAACCAGCUGACUGAUAUUGCUCCUAACACGCCGUUCCUGCCAAACUUCCAGUCACUGCACGUGGUGGUUAUCGGCCUGGACUCGGCCGGUAAAACCUCCCUGCUCUACAGGCUCAAGCUGAAGGAGUUUGUGAAAACCAUCCCCACCAAGGGCUUCAACACGGAGAAGAUCAAAGUGGCAGUCGGGACGUCUCGGGCCAUAAACUUCCAGGUGUGGGAUGUGGGCGGGCAGGAGAAGUUGCGCCCUCUGUGGAAGUCUUACACCCGGCGGACGGAUGGGAUGGUGUUUGUGGUGGACUCCACCGAGCUGGAGCGGAUGGAGGAGGCCAAAGUGGAGCUCCAUAAAAUCACCCGCACCUCAGAGAACCAGGGGGUCCCCGUGCUAAUCCUGGCCAACAAACAGGACCUGGAGUCGGCCUUGUCUGUCACCGAGGUGGAGAAGCUGCUCUCUGUCCACGAACUGAGCAUGUACACGCUGCAUCACGUGCAGAGCUGCAGCGCCGUGAACGGCCAGGGACUUCAGCCGGGCCUGGAGAAACUGUACGAGAUGAUCCUGAAGAGGAAGAAGAUGGUGAAGCACAACAGGAACAGAAAGAGAUGAACUCUUGGCUCACACUGUGGACAUUACCUUAAGAGAUUUAUCCACUGUUGAGACACUUCCAAGUUUAAUGGCCCCUUUAAAUGGGAAAGCGAUUGGUGCCAACAAAACAACAAUUACACACGGCCUGAGGGUCAGGAGAAAUGGAUUUGCUCAUAGUAAUUGAAGCAGUAUUGACAUAUUCUUUGUUCCGCUGCCCUUUGAAAGCUUAAGAUACAGAUUUAAAGGAAACCUUAUCAGUUAGUCUUCACUAAGUGCUUUUCUACAUGUGUUUUAAAGAUUUCUAACAAGACAUUUGCCCAUUAAGUGUAGGACUAAUAUACGAACACAUUAACAUUAAUGUGGCAGGUAUACGGUGAAGAAAAAUGUAGAAUACAAUUUAAAAUGUCUUUAUAUUCUUUCACAAGCUUGCACAAGAUUAUACCUAACUAAAUAGCUGUUUUUGUUCCACGAUGUAUGAAUACUUCCCACAAUAUUUAUUCCACAGUUUUGUGUUUGUGCUGGACAGAGAGACUUUUUUUCAGUGGUGAUGGAGCCACCAGAUGAUAUUAAAUUUCAUUGCCAUGGAACAGUAAUCCUAAGUGCAUUCCCUUCAUGGCCACAGAGGUUAAGUUUCAUUUACUAUAACAAUAGUGUUUAUACAAAUUGUACAUUUUUGUAACACUGAAGACUUAAUAAAUUGAAGCACUGUACAGAA